CAAGCAAAACCUAUUGUAUAAUUUUAUAAUUCUUGAGUUCUUUGUUCUCGUUAAUUUUUGGGAUCUGUCGUUCAAGUCGGAUCAUUUGGUGGAUUUAUUAUCCAUCAAAUUGGUGCUUUCAUUGAGAGCUCGAGAAAUUCACUCGAGAAAAGACCUUCCAAAGAACGAUGGUGCAAACCCGAAGCAACGUUAAUCAGCCAACCGGAAGCCCUCCUCGGGGAGAAACCAGCGCCACUGGAGUUCAAAGAGGUGAUGGCGGCCCCAACCCCAACCCAGGAAGUGGCGACGAUGUCAUCGGGGCACAGGCCGGGGGGAAGGCCGGACCUGCAGCUUCUGAGGGGAGAAAGAAGAAGAAAACCAGGCGUUCACAGAAGAAGAAGGCGACCAAGCCUAAUGGGGAGGCAAUGAUAGAGGAUGAUCGGUCCAGGCAAGACGAGGAAGUUGAGUCGUCCUCGUUCGAGCGGGCUUCCGAUUUCAAUCAGCUGGGGGAUCCUAAACAAGAGAAGCCUCAAACCUCCGCGUUCGAUCGGCUGCAAGACAACCGGGGAUCAAUCGAAGAAUGGAAGGACUUGGCCCAUAAGUUCUUGGAGCACUUCGCGUCAAGCCGAAGGCCGAAGCUUCCCUACUCCCACCUGCUCAAUGUUAAGAUCCAAAAGGGGGAGCAACUCUGGGAGUUUAUCAACCGGUGGGAGAAGGAGGCCAGAGAUGUCCAAGGAGCAGACGACCAGGCUUUGACCGCCAUGCUCCAAGCAGCACCCCCAGGGGAUGUGCGCAACGAGCUGCGACAAAAUCCACUUCCUACACACCAAGAGAUGUUGGCUAGGGUGCAGUACCUGGCGUUAGAAGAAGAUGAUGAUGAUGAAACACCUGCCCACAAGUAGAACUGUAGAAGAAGAGUGCGCACCAGCGGGGAAGGGCAAGAAGCGAAAAGAUUUUGGAAGGGGACCAAAUCCUACAGGCUAUCAAGCGAGCAGAACGCCAGUCCACGCGGUCCAAUCUUUACCAGCCCCUCCUCGUAAUCGGGAAAACUACAGCGUCCAGGACGCCCCCAAUUCAAGUACUGCGAGUAUCACCGUAACAGCACUCACAAUACGUCGGAGUGCGUUACGUUGGAAAAGAAAAUGGAUGAGUUGAU